GCCGCGCACUGUAUUAUUUUGAUUUUGAGGGAAAACAUUGCUUUUGCGUGAAAGUUAACCACAACAAAUGCUUUUGAACAGCACCGGAAUGAUAGCGACACCUUUGUAUGGGGGUCUUGUGGCCUCUUGACCAGAUUCAAAGUCGCAGUUUUAUAAAGGACUUUCUGUUUUUCCCGUUCUGUGAAGGCCUACACUAGCGGCGGGUUGGUAGUUCGGAGAGGCGGUCAACUGACUUGCACGGAGCGGUGUUGUUUGUAAAUAGCAUGGAUCCAGACAGUGGGGCAGACUCACAACGCGCUCUCAGUCUGCAGUGGAAGAGCUACAAGCUUCUUCAGGACCCGGCCAUAAGAAGGGUUGCCCAGAAAAUCUACAGAUACGAUGGAAUUCACUUCAGUGUUCCAGAUUCAGGUUUCCCGCCAGUUGGGGACUUGCGCGACCCCCGGCCUCGGCGAAUAUGGUCCAGACACACAGACAUGGUGCUGCCCUUGCCCAAAUUUAAGCUUGACGAGUACUACGUAGGGCCCAUCCCGCUGAAGGAGGUCACCUUCGCUCACCUCAACGACAACAUCAAGGAGCCGUUUCUGGCCGAGAUGUGCGCCAAGUUUGGGGAGGUGGAGGAGAUGGAGAUCCUGUUCCACCCCAAGACCAGGAAGCACCUGGGGCUGGCGCGCGUGCUCUUCACCAACACCAGGGGGGCCAAGGACACUGUCAAGCACCUGCACAACACCUCCAUCAUGGGCAACAUCGUUCACGUCCAGCUGGACAUCAAAGGCCAGCAGAGGAUGAAGUACUACGACCUGAUUGUGAACGGCUCCUACACCCCGCAGACGGUCCCCACCGGCGGCAAGGCCCUGACAGAGAGGUUCCAGCCUCCCGCCCCUACACAGCCAGACACGUCCUCUGAUAUUAGGCGGCGACUUUCAACAGAGCAGGUGACGAUGCCCUCGGCCAUGCCCACACACACCACUGGCAGCACCACGCCGUGUUCGGCGGACACAGGCUUCGGCGACCAGCGUCUGGACAACACCCCAUCCUCCUUAGGGGGGCCCUACACCCCCGGCUCUACCUCCUCUCAGGGAGGGGGCACUCCCUACACCCCUCGCUCUGGCACCCCCUUCUCCCAGGACUCUGGCUACAGUGUUGCAAGACAUGGUUACAGUGGCGGGCCCAUGGGGAGCGGCUACCCUCCCCAGGACAUGCUCCCCUCCUCCUCCUGCUCCUCCUCCGCCGUCUCCUCGUCCUCAUCGCUGGGCGGCUACAAGGGCUCCGGGCGCUACCACGAGGACCCCCUCAUGCCGCCCCAGGAGCCGCCCAUGUUCCACAGAGGGGGUCCCGCACCCGCCCCCGGCCCCGGUGGCUACCCGCCUCGCGCAGCUCCCUUCCGGCCCAACGAGCCGCCGCCGGGCUACCCACCCUUCGCCAACGCCCCUCCGCUCCACCACAUGCCCCCGCUCCACCCGCCCAUGCCCCCGCCCUCCCAGGUGCCCCAGUACGAACAGCCGCCCCCCGCCAUGGAGCAGCGGAGCGAGCGGGGCGAGAGGGACCGAGACAGGGGCCCUGGGCGGGACAGGGACCGCGACAGGGACAGAGAUCGAGACAGGGCGGACUCGGGCGGGCGUUACGGUGGCGUGAACUCUCGCCGCGGAUCCUACCCACAGCAGGAGGCGAACGCCUCUUCCUCCACCUCCUCCUCCUCCUCCUCAUCGGCCAAAUCCUCCUCCUAUCAUUCCCACCACUCGCACCACGGUCAUCACGGGGACCGGCGGGGCAGCGAGGACCGCGAGCGGGGGGAGAGGGGCUACCGGCGAGACAGCACGGGCUCCCGCUCAGGAGACCACGGCGGCGGCCACCAGAGGCACCGCAACCACCACCACUCCCACAACCACCACGGGGCCAGCCGGCGGAGAGACAGCCGCGACCGGGAGCGGGACUGGGAGAGAGACGGGCGCAACAGCAGCGGCAACGAUGGGCCCGACUAUUCGGGCAGCGCCGACCCGCGCUACGCCCACCCCAACUCCUCAUCCUCAGGCCACAACCGCUCCUCCAACAGCCUGUCGCCUCCUUACUCCUCCUCUUCCUCCUCCUCAUCUUCCGCCUCGAAAGACCCCCACCAGGAGCCAGCCAGCUCUUCGCGUCUAGACACGCCCUCCUCUCGGCAAGGCUCUCUGGACUCAGACUUCCGCACGCUGCCGCCCCACCACCACGCCCCCCUGCCCCCUCCCCUGCCGCCCCCUCCCCCUCCUCUCCCUCCCGCCUCCGUCAUCGCCGCCGCCGUGGCCGAGACGCUGAGCGCGCUGGACUUUGGCCAGGACAGCCCGGCGCGCGAGGAGCCGGCGUGGACCAAACCCAAACGCCGUCCCAGCACGCCGCCCGGCCCCCCGCGCGCCUCCACCCCCCCCCCCCCUUCCUCCUCCUCCUCCCCGCUCCUCCACCCGGCGGCCGUGGCCUCCUCCUCCUCCAGCUCGCCCUCCUCCACCUCCCUGCCGCACCUCCUGGCCUCCGCUGCUGCCGCCGCCUCCUCCUCCUCGGCUUCCCACUCGCCCUCCCUCUCCCUGCCCCAGAGGGACUCCUCGUCCCCGGAGCCCGACUCCACCAACGAGAGCCUGCCCUUCAUGCACCACAGCAGCAGCUUGGACUCGCGUAUCGAGAUGCUCCUCAAGGAGCAGAAGGCCAAGUUCUCCUUCCUGGCCUCCGACGAGGAGGAGGAGGAAGGGGAGGAGCGGCCCAAAGCAGCAGCAUCAUCAUCGUCAUCAUCAUCAGCAGCAGCAGGUAGGGCUGGGACAAGUCAGCAGGACACAGCAGAACACACCACCACUCCCGGCACCGGGAAGACCGCCGCAGAGGAGAGCCGGAACAGGAAAUCUCGCGAGAGUGCCGGAGAGAGAGAGCGCCACAUGAGGAGAGGUGGUGGAGGAGGAGAGGUAGAGGAGACGAGAGAAGGACGGAGGAAAGGAGAGAGGGAUAGAGAACGAGAGCGAGACAGAGAUGUCCGUCGGCACCGCGGUCAUCAGCACCACAAGCAGCAGCAGCAGGUGCUUGAGGAGGCGCAGCAGGAGGUGCGCACCAGGAGCCCCACGGUCAUCGCCCCCGCCACCCCCUCCAUGGCCUCCAGCACCCCCAGCACCGGGGCCACGGACUCCCCUCAGGUGCAGAGCGGCGUCUCCAGUGCCUACGGACAGGAGGAGCCUGCCGACAGCCAGAAGAAAGGAGCACACACGCCACCCACAUACAACGGCCAACCACAGGCGUCUCCUCACUCGUCAGGAGAGGACAUGGAGAUCUCGGAUGAGGAGGAGGUUGAGACGGCCAUCUCCACGGCACCGGCCCUGUCCUCCUCCUCCUCCCCCACCACCUCCUCCCAGUCGGCCCUCCCUCUCCAGUCGCAGACGGAGCCCUCUUCCUCCUCCACCCCUCCCGUCUCCGACUCCACCACCACUCCGCACUUCAACUCCUCCAUCCCGCCUCCGCCCAUCCCCUCCUACCCGCCCCACCUUCCCCCUCCCCCGCCCCCAGGCUUCUCCCUGCAGCCCCCUCCUCCCCCCGGCAUCCAGCCCCCCCUGCCCCACAUGGAGCUGCACCCCGAGUACCCCCCUCCGCUGCCGCACCACAUGCCCUACGACUACGCCUCCUCCAUGGAGCUGAUGAGCCAGUACAGCGGCGGCGCCCCCAUGUCCUUCCAGAUGCAGACGCAGAUGCUGAGCCGGCUGCACCAGAUGAGGACCGCCUCCUCCAACGGCACCUCGGCCCCGCCCCCGCCUCCAGGCGAGACCGCCCCUCCCCCGGGCACCUCGUACCACCUGUCCAGCAUGCCCCCUCUCCCUCUCUCUCUCCCCUACCUCCACCAAGACGGCAACACGGCCGCCCACUACGACCAGGACCACCGCUACAUGCCCCCGCCCAUGCCCCCCUACGCCUCCCCGCCGGACCCCCACACCGUGCCCCCGCCCCCGCACCACACGCUGCCCCCUCCGCCCACCGCCUGGCCCCCCGACCUGCUGCCCCAGCACUACCCGGCGCACUACCCGCCGCCCGGCUUCGGGACGCUGAGCGGGGCGGCGGAGGGCGAGCAGCAGCAGCAGCAGCAGCAGCAGCAGCAGUACGUGGCGGCCCCUGGAGACCCGCAGGCCCAGGUCCCCAUGAUGACACACAGCCCCCACGAGGCCACCGUGCAGCUGGUCAUGGCCACCCUCAUCGAGGAGAUGAAGAACAUCAUGCAGCGCGACCUCAAGAGGAAGAUGGUGGAGAACAUCGCCUUCGGGACCUUCGACGAGUGGUGGGAGCGUAAGGAGAGGAAGGCCAAGCCGUUCCAGACUCCUCUGCGAGGGCUGGCGGUGCGCGAGGAGGAGAAGAAGGAGGAGAAGGCCAGCAGCAGACCUCCUCAGCAGCCCCUCAUGUCCCUGGUGGACUGGGCCAAGAGCGGCGGCAUGGAGGGCUUCUCCCUGCGGGGGGCGCUACGACUGCCUUCCUUCAAGGUAAAAAGGAAAGAACCGCAGGAGCUAAGUGAUGGCGGCGAGAUGAAGAUCAAGCGACCCUCAACACCUCCUGAUGAGGAAGAUGAAGACUCCUACCAGGGCAAGGUGGCGGACGGAGCGGGUGGGCGAGCGGACGGCGAGGGCCGCGGCUCAGAGCGCGACAGCAGCAGCCGGAGGAGGAAGAAGAGGACGAAAGGCAGAAAGGGCUUCGACCUGGACAGCGAAGGGGAGGAGACCUCCGAAGCAUCCUCCUCCUCAGACAAGGACGACGAGGACGACAGUGACAAAGAGGAUGAGUCAGAAGAUGAUGCGGUCAGCGUGGACAGCGAUGACGAGAGUCUGUCGUCCUCCUCCGGGAGCUCCUCUUCCUCGUCGCUAUCUUCAUCGUCCUCCUCUGAGGAUGAAGAUGAGGAGGAAGAGGAGGAAGGGGUGAGGGCCGAAGUGGAGAGUGAAGGCCCAGACACCAUGGACGAGUCCACCAUGGACAGCAUGGCUGUGGACUCCGAGAAGGAGAAUGAGAGCGACCGAGCACUUGUCAACCAAUCCACUGCAACUGCAGCUGCUGCUGCUCCUGAGGUCAAACCAGAAAUCACUCCGUUACCAAAGGACCAGCGGCCCCCAUCUCCGCCUAUGCCCCCUCCCCGAUCCUCUUCCCCCGUUGUCCUUCUCCCGCCGCUCAAGAAGCGCAGGAAGGUCUCCUUCUCCACGGAGGACUCAGAUUUCCGGCCCCCCAGCGGUCCCUUCUCCCCUCCCCCAACCUCAGCCGCGGGCCCUCAGACUGCUGCAACACCCACCGUCCCACCAGUCAAAGCACAAGGCCCCGAGUCCCCAACCCCCGCCUCCCCCGUCACCCCCACCACACCCACAGCGUCCCCCGUCGCACCCUCUACGAACAAAACCCCCAUGCUCCUGCCCUUCGCAUCUCGCCCAGGCGAGGGUAGCGCCCUGUCCCCGUCCCCAGCGCCCUCCCCGAGCCCGACCGCUACGACCGUCCUCACCGUGCCCCCGCCGGUGCGUGCACUACGGCCCGAAGAGCCCAAAAAGGGCGCCACUCCUGCCGUCACCCCCCAGCCCCCUCCUGCCAAGCAGCGGCGUGGCGCGGCAGCCAAAGACGUCCCCAAGCCGGCGCCCAUAUGUCGCACGGUCCAGAACCUCCCCCUGGACCACGCCUCCAUGGUGCGGAUGGCCUACGAGGAGCCGCCCAGCCCGGGCACCAAGGGCCGUGGCCGCGGCAGGAACCGCACGUCCAGCUUCUCGGCGCCGUCGCCCGCUCACCCGUCCCUGCCCGAGGAAGAGGAGGACGAGUACGAGCUGGAGGAGCGGGAGCGCGAGCAGAGGCUGAGGCUGCGGGAACAGCUCGGGGUGUCCAGCCUCCUGCAGCUGGCCUCCUCCACCGGCGGCGCCCCCACGCCCGACCUGUCGGUGCUGGCCGACGUGGCCCUCACCCUGGAGCCCGAGGACCUCGGCGACUCGGAGGAGACGGAGACGUCAGACGAGGCCGAGGAGCACAAGCUGGAGGAGGACGACUUCCUCUUCUCCCCGAGACGGACGCCCGCCGCACCCCUCCUCCAGCCGCCCAUGCACCCCGAAGGCCUGCUGGUGCUGACCGAGCACAACUACUUCAAGCCCCCGGCCCCGCUACCCACGCCGUCGCCCACCGCGGCCCAGAGGAGAGGCUCCGCGCUGGGCAAGCACCAGGAGCCCACCCUGCUGCUGCUGGAGGCCCCCGAGGAGGUGAUCGGGGAGGCCGCCGACCCUUACGGACAGCAUUUGGACGCCGCCGAGCUGACGCCCACCAGAACGCCGCCAGGGCCCAAACGCAAGGGAGCAGCGGCCGCAGCGGCACGGGAAGCUGCAGCAGCAGCAGCAGCAGCGCGGGAAGCAGAGCUGGAGGCAGCGGCAGGAAAGAACAAGAAGAGGAGAAGAAAAGACUCGGAGGUGUCGCUGGAGCUCACGCCGGCCAAGAAGCAGAAGGAGAAGGAAACCAAAAAGCAGAAGAAGAGGAAGCUGGAGGAUGUGGAGCCAGAGGAGGAUGUGGACGUGGAGCAGCUGGAGUCUGGCGAGCUGUCCGACUCUGACGAGCUGUCCGACUCCGAUGAGGAGCUGUUUGGCCGCUCCGCUCUGGACGCGCAGCAGGAGGACGUGCGGAAGAGUGAGCGGCUCUUCCUGCAGGAGGCCGGCCUGACGCCCACGUCGCAGCGCCGCUCCAAACAGCAGCGUGCGCCGCGCUCGCCCUCGCCCUCGCCGCCCCCUCCCCCGCCGCCCAAGUACGACCUGCGCAGCGAGUUCGAGCAGAUGACCAUCCUGUACGACAUCUGGAACUCGGGGCUGGAUGGGGAGGACAUGCGGCUGCUGUGCAGCACCUACGAGAAGCUGCUGACCACCAACGAGCAGAGUGCAGACUGGCUCAACGACACACACUGGGUCCCCCACACUGUGACCAACCUGCCGAACCCGCGGCGCCGGAAGAAGGCGGUGGACACGCAGCUGCGGGAGCACGUGACGGGCAGUGCCAGGAGCGAGGGCUACUACGCCAUCAGCCGCAAGGAGAAGGACGUCUACCUGGACCUCGACCUGCCCGAGACCGCGCACGAGAACCUCGACUACGACAUAGCGGGAUCCAACCGCCUGCUGUCGGAGAGGCGAUCAGAGCAACGGCGCCUGCUAAGUGCCAUCGGAACGCAGGCCGUCAUGGACUCAGACCUGCUCAAGCUCAACCAGCUCAAGUUCCGGAAAAAGAAGUUGCGUUUUGGACGCAGUCGUAUCCACGAAUGGGGUCUGUUUGCCAUGGAGCCCAUUGCGGCGGACGAGAUGGUCAUCGAAUACGUCGGCCAGAACAUCAGACAGAUGGUGGCUGAUCACCGUGAGAAGAAGUACGCACAGGAAGGCAUCGGUAGCAGCUACCUGUUUAGGGUCGACCACGACACCAUCAUCGACGCCACCAAGUGCGGAAACCUGGCUCGCUUCAUCAACCACUGCUGCACGCCCAACUGUUACGCCAAGGUGAUCACCAUCGAGUCCCAGAAGAAGAUUGUCAUCUACUCCAAGCAGCCCAUCGGCAUCAACGAGGAGAUCACCUACGACUACAAGUUCCCCAUCGAGGAGAACAAGAUCCCCUGUCUGUGUGGCACCGAGAACUGCAGAGGAACCCUCAACUAAGGGGGAGAGGGGAGGCCACAGGGACGGGGGUGGAGACGGACACAAGUGUUACCGCAGUCAUACGCACACACAUACUCUCUUGCUCACACACACACACACACACACACACACACACUCAGACCAGAUACCCAUCUUCCCUUCCCCUGCCUGGUUAGCACUGCCUCGCAGCAUUGAGAUCACGCCCCCCACCCUCCACCCCUUCCAACUUUCCAACUCGCACAUCCACCGUAAAGGAAACGAUCUCAAAAACAGGGAAAAAAUGAAACUGUGCUUCUCAUAUUCUCUGGCCUCAGGCUACUCAGCUGCUGGUAGAACUCUGACCGAGCUGCAGACCUCGUGCCCUUCCUCAAGGCAAAGCCACACGCCUACUACAGCUACAGCCCCCAUGGCAGUUACAGUGUCGGCCUCCGCUUACGUAAUGGAAGCUGAAGUGGUCAACGCACGCAAUCACCCACUCGGACUGACUAGUGACGUGUGUGUUUGUGCGUUCAUGCGUGUCGGUGUGUGUGUGCGUUCGUGUGUAUGUGUGUGUGUGUGUGUGUGUACAAGCAACACCCGACCCAAGAAGGGGCCUCUUGCGCAGUUCAUUUUUUGAGAGGGGCUCGGCUCAGCUCGGCUCGGCUCUGUGUGGUCUUCUCUUCCAAAGGGUCCCGUGAUACCAGAGAGCUGACUUUUGCUCAACAAGAAUUUCAUCCCAGUCCGGCUUCUACAGUUUCUUCUCUUCUUGCUGCAGUAUUGGAUGUGUGUGUGUGUGUGUGUGUGUGUGUGUGUGUGUGUGUGUGUGUGUGUGUGUGUGUGUGUGUGUGUGUGUGUGUGUGUGUGUGUG